CACAUACAUUCCGCGCACACGUACACAUACACUCACACAUGCAUAAACAUACACCCACAUUCUCAAGCUCACAUGCAUAAACUUACAAAAGCAUAUAAACGAAAACAUAAACACACUUUCACCAAUUUACUUUCACACACAUACAUCAUAAGCAUGGUCACAUACCUUCCGCAUUCAAAUGCGAAAAACAUGCAAACACACAUCCACAUAUUAAAAUACGCACAUACACACACAUACACGCAUUCAUUUUCACACAUAAAUACGCAUAUAUACGUACACAGGUAUACACACACACAUGCGCACAUAUAUAAACACUACACGCAUACACACACACAUACACAUACAUACACAUGCACAGCACACUGA